AUGGUUUUACCAACCGCAUGGAGUCUCGAUGAUAAAUCUACUUUUUUGAGCGUAGAUUCAGGCGGACUUGGAGUGAUUCAUAAAGGUCCGAGUGAUUACGCUGCAAUACUGGCAAAUCACCCAAUUCCACCGCAAUGCGAACUGUUUUAUUUUGAAGUUGACAUUAUAGAAGGAAGAAAUAGGGAAAACAAAAGAUUUAUUGGAAUUGGAUUUUGCGAAAAGACUGUUGAUUUAAACGGAGUACCAGGAUUGUUUAAUAAAUCCUGGGGUUAUCAUGGUGAUGAUGGAAAAUUCUUUCGCGAAUCGCCGAAUAAUGGCCAUCCUUACGGACCGUUGUUUUCUACUGCUCAUCCAGACACACUCCUUGGCACAAUGUUUCAAGAGCGGAAUAGACAUUUACUCGAUCUCACCGACCAAAACGAAUACUUUUUCGACAGAGAUGGUAUCAUAUUUCGAUACAUCAUGCAAUUUUAUCGUACUGGCGAAAUAUUUUGGCCUGAGGAAACCAAUUUCAUUAUUUCCCCAACACAAAACCUCCACAUCACCCGUCGAGAGCUCGAACUUGAGCUUGACUAUUUUCAAAUUCCGGUUCCUAAAAAGGAUUAA